AUGCAUUAUUUAGAGCAUGAUUCUAAAACUACAAAUUCUCAUCAUUCUGACUGUUCAUCAAAACGUCAUUCAACAUUGGAAAAAAUUCUUUUACGUCAAGAAGAAGCUAAAGCACGUCGUGAACUGCGUCAAAAAGAAUUGGAAUCACGUCGUCUACGUGAAGCGAAUGAUCGUCAAAUGAAAGCACAAAUUUUAUACAAAGCAAAACAAGAUGAAAAAUUGAGGCAAGCAGAAGAGAAACGAGAAGAAGAAUUAAUUCAUCAGGAGAUGGUUCGAGUACGGAAAGAAUUAGAACUAGAAAAACAAGCAUCAAUUAAAAACAAAAAUUCUCAGAUUGAAAACAAAUCUUUCGCUUCUCCGAAAAAUCCUGUUCCUCAGUUAGACUUAACAUUUCUUUCUGAAGAUUCAGUGGAUGAGAGUGAAUCGUUUACAGUGACAGCAAAUGUUGAAUGUGAACAAAUUAAGCGUGAAAAAGAUUUGAUGAAACGUACAUUUCAUGCAUGGUAUAAUUUAAUUUAUAAUAUCAACAUAUUAUUUACAAUGUUACAUGCGAAAAAUGAAUUUCAUUUAAAGAAAACUUAUUUUAAUCAAUGGAAAUUAAAAAUUCAUCAAAUUCAUUAUUAUCGUGAAAUUGAACAAGUGAAAAUGAAUUCUAUCGAAUUCAUCAAAAAAGAAUUUCACGCUAAAAAGUAUCAUGAACGAUUUCUAUUGAAACAAUGUUUUACACGUUGGAUUUGUACAAUACGCAUAGACAAAUCAACUCGUAAUCAAUUAGAAAAGGAAUCAUUAAGACGUGAGAAAGAAAUUGAAUUUCUCAAUCAUUUAGAAACUUUUAUAAACACUGAACCGACAACAACAUGUACAUCUGAUGAUAUUCAUGAAAAUACUGAAUCUAUACCAUCUCAUAGUAGCCGUAAAUGUUUAACUGAUAGAAAACCAAAACAAUCAAAGAUUGGAUGUACCCGUAAAACACGCCUGAAAUCAACGAAUUCAAUUGCUUCAGUCGAUGACUUGAUUUCUGACAAUUGUAUCACUGAUCAAAAUAAAACUAACAGAAAAGCAAAUCGAAUACGAUCCACUCAAUCUGAUGUAAUGAAACCAAUAUUUAAUCAAAAAUUGAUGCAACUUCGUCAUAUUAUCAAUGCACAACAUCGUGAAAUCAAUGAAUUGAAAGCUGCACAACGUUAUUCUGAAUGGUUGUUACAAGCUAAAGCACAGAAAUUAGCUAAAAAUAUGUUAGAAAAUACAAAUACAAAACCUACUGAGACGGAUAAACUUUCUUUUAUAGAAUCACCUCAACUAAUAAUAGAUGAUGAAAAUGGUACAGAUGAUCAAGUUCCUUCACAAAUAAUCUCAAACGAAAUUAAUGAUCCCAUCAUUCAAGAGAGCAAUAAUCUACCAAUGACAAAUCCUCCCGUGACAUCAACACCUUUGAAAAAUGUACCGACAGCUAAAAAAUGUUCAUUUACUCAAAAAAUGGAAGAAAGAGCAGCUGAACGAGCUCGUCGACGUGCAAUACAAGCAGAAAGAAGAAAUGAAAUUGAACAAAAGAAGAAAGAACAGUUAGCUAAACAAUUAGAAGAAGAAGCUAAUCGAAUUAAAGAAGAAAAAAGAAUGUUAAAAGAGAAAAAGAUUCGUGAAGAAGAGUUAAGACAACAAAAAGAAUUCCAGCUAGCGAAACAACGUGAAUUGAAUUCGAAAAUUUCAGCGCAUAGAAUCAUCGCAUGUUUACGUUAUUAUGGUUUAAAACCAUGGAUAAACUACAUAGUUCAACAACACGAAUUCAUUCGAAUAGCUGAUUGUUAUCAAAAGAAAAUGAUAAUGAGAAAUUCAUUUCAUACUUGGUUAUUAAAUUUAAAAGUAAAAUAUCAACAACAAACUGAAUUCGUUCAACAUCACUAUCAUUUAUUGCUUAUGAAAAGAACAAUAAAAGCAUUUCAAAUGGCCUGUGAGAUAUCUAAAAGAAAUGAAGCUUAUGCCGAUGAAUGGUAUCAUGGAAAACUAUUACGACAUUGUUUUUCGUUUUGGAGUCAAUAUAUAACUGAUCAGUGUAUUCGAGAAUGGGAACUAGAAGACAUUGCGUUGGGACAUUAUAACAGGCAUUUAUUGUAUAUUUAUUUUAAAUUAUGGACUCAUUAUCCAACCAUACAACGUGUACAACGUGAUCGAGAAUAUCGUCGUGAACAAUUUCGUAAAUGUAUCCUUGAUAUUAUACCGGAUUUUAAUCCUCCACCUGAACAAGAUGUUAGUGAAAUGGACUGA